AAGCAUUAUUCCACGGGACAGAUUGACUUUUGUUUGUAAAUUAUUUCGCGGAUAAUUUAGAUAAGAAUAUGCGAGACAUUGGAAGAAAAUCGCCACUUUGUAUAUUUGUGUGCGUUUUGUGUAUUUGUGCGCUUUUCUAGGAUUCGGAUUCUAGUUUCAUAUUUACGCUACGCAUCAACACUGUUUGCGUUACCGUUUGAUAAUUUAAUAUAAAUAGUUUACAGUGAGAUUUCGAGAUGCAUCAACAUGGGAAUUAAUUAAAAAUAAUUAAUUCGUCUUACGCACGUGUAUUUAUUUUCGUUGUAAACUAUACUCGCGAAAAUAAACAAAACACAGAUUUGAAAACAAUGGAUGGGCCUCACUUAACCCCGGAAAUAAAACCGUUAAACGCGUUGGACCCACUGGACGACAUCGACGAAUCUAACCUCACCAAUCUGCAUGGCAACGCGGACGAAGAAGCCGACGCCGACGGGACUCACGAAUCCAGCUUAUCCGACGGCUCUGAGUGUCAGAAGACGCCAAAGAAAGCCGCCGUCGGCGUACGCCGGCAGGAGAAGCCGCCUUACUCCUACAUCGCCCUAAUCGUUAUGGCCAUUCAGGCUUCGCCGAACAAGAGAUGCACACUCAGCGAGAUUUAUCAGUUCUUGCAGCAAAGAUUUCCGUUUUUCAGAGGCUCAUACCAAGGCUGGAAAAACUCAGUGCGACAUAACCUCUCUCUUAAUGAGUGUUUUAUUAAACUACCGAAAGGUCUCGGUCGGCCCGGUAAAGGGCAUUACUGGACCAUUGAUCCGUCGGCGGAGUUCAUGUUCGAGGAAGGGUCCUUCCGGCGGCGACCGCGAGGAUUUCGCCGGAAGUGUCAGGGAUUGAAGCCGUUCGGAAUGUUUAAUAUGAAUGGAAUGGGCACACCCUCUGCCAUGCUGAGUCCGCAUUAUGACUUGUUUCAUCAAAACAACAUGGCCGCUAUGAACAUGACAUACGGUAUGAAUAGCGGUCAAAGUUAUGAUAAUACAUCGUUUCUACCUUCUAAUACAGGGUUUCAACAGUCAAGUUAUAACACCAUGCAGCAUCACACCGCGGCAAACUUGGCCAGUUGUAGUUUUAAUGUCAACGUCAAUGUUAACGGCCGUUUCGGGCCAAAUUGCGCCAUGUCUAAUGGCGUGUCCAAUAUGACAGCAGACUAUCCGUACAUGUCGAAUAUGAACGCAUCGGCGCCAUCUAUACAAUCUUCAAUGUACGACAGGGACCUCAUGUCAUCGACGUCACUUCCGGGCAACUCUUCUAUCCCCGGAAGUCAUCAGAGCCACCAAAGCGUUCCUUCCCAAUGGUCGCCGCCUCCGCCACCACAUUCUAGCGCCAUGUUGCGGUACGGCGUCAAACAGCAGCCGGUGAGCCCAGCUGGAAGUACCGGCUCAAUCCCCAGCAUGUCGCCUGGUAGCAGUGAACCCUCGCCCUAUCAAGUGAACACUACACAGACAUCUAGCGCAGAACCUGUAGAUCUGGCUUUAUCAGGAUUGCGCAUGUCAGGCCAACAAUACCAUCAGGGAUCCGCAUGUGAUCGGAAACCAUACUUCAACUACCCUCACAAUCCAUCGAAUCCGCCUUUUACACACACGCCGUAUUACGAAAAAUGUGUAAUGUAAUUAGGAUUUUUUUUAUUUGGACCAUGACCGGAACGUUAUAAAAUUGUUCUUUUGAGAGAGAAAAGUGGAAAGCAAGAAAUAGCCCUGUAAUAGUUGUGAUUGUAGCAAAUUAUUAAACGUAUGAUCUGAUGUAUUAUCUAACCCAAUUCGCAACAUGAACUAUAUUCUGUGAUUCAACACGGAAGCAAUGAAGAAAGGCGAGACAUUUAUGAAUAUGGCAUAAUGAGUAUUCAAGGCAAUCUCAUCAAUUGUGAGUGUGGGUUAUUUUGUAAGUGAAAUAAAAACGGAAUGUUCUAGGGACCUGGGUACAAUUUUUUUUUAUUACACUUCCAUUUCAGUGGCUCAGGUCACAAAAACCUCUUGCAGAGUGUACACAGCAAGAGAACUAUUUUACUUUAAUCAUACAUCUAUUAACGCAAACAUUUUUUUUUAAUUUGUUGAGUUUAAGCCUGUUUUUACUGAAGCAAACUACGAUUUGAUUUGUAAUACAAAUAUUUUUUAGUAUUUAUAAAAUCUGUUCAAAUCAGGAACGUACCUAAUAACUUACCUGUUUAAUUUUGCAUAGAUUAUCUUUGUCUCAAUAUGCAUCUUUCAACAAAACAGCAUACAGCAUGCAUUAUUAGUUAAAUUAUGCGAAUUGUAUUUAUUAGUUAAAUUAUGCGCAUUACAUUUAUAAGUGGACAUGUCAGCAUACUUACGAAUUUCCAAAUAUUUGACAUAAACAAUGAAAAAAUAAAAAAUCGGAUACUUAAGGGAGCGAAACAACACUAUGGAAAUAGACUCAUUCAUGAGGAAAGAAUAGUUUCAUUUAUGACAACAACUAUACAAUUGAUACUAUUACAUUCACGCUGCAAACGCGAUACGAUGGAAAAGAUUAAGAAUUAGUUUAUUUUAAAAAGCUGGCAUAAAAAUUAUGCGUUGACAACCCAAACGACCAAAAGGUUUAGCUACACAUGUAUAUGAAAUCCUUUAAAUCUAGAGUUCAUUGGCUUUUUUUAGUAAAAGUGUUUCUCAUAUUGAUUUUUACAUAUAGCACUAUUUCAAUUCGAGUUUCAAUUUCUUGUUAUAUGAAACUGUUGAGCUACUCCAUUUGAAAGUGUUUCUGGUCUAUUAUUAUUUUUCUAUUUCGCAUGUGAGCAAGCAUACAUGUAUUUCAUGACACAAAUAUAAUGUAUGUGCUGGCGCGACACAUGUUGAAAUAAAAGAAACACGCAUCAUGUAACGUUAUAUUAAUACAUGAAGAAAAUAUAAUUUAUUAUAUAUUGACUUUUCAUAUUGUUCAGUAAUGCACAUGCACGUAUAUAGAAAGAUGCGGAUGAUUACAUUAAUCAUACAAUUAUUUAGAAUGUUUGUACACUUAAUUAUAUUUAACUAUUGUUUUGUAAUAAAGCAUUUUAUAAUCA